GAAUUCACUUAAGCUACAGCAAACCACCCAAUGCAGUAAAAGAUCCUGAAGGCUAACGGAAGCCAGUAAAACACAAUGCAGUACUGAGGAAGCAGCAGCAAUGCACGGCUGGACAUAGAACACACAGGACGGCGAGAGCGCAAAGCUGCUCAAUAUUGCACCAUGCUGACCUGUCUCUGAUAAUUUCCAAGGCGGGUGGGUGGGGGGAACUGAAGGACACAGCCAUGCAGCCGGCUGCUUACCUGCUCUCCUUGAUGCUCUGUGCCUUGGGGACCUUCUUUCUGGUUCAUUCCAGGCAGGCAGGAGCCGCCUUGUUGACGGAGAUGGAGAGAAGGGCUGAAAACCGAUUUCUGGAGAGGCAGAAUAUCGUCCCCCUCCGCCUGAUCCCCCGCCCGGAAGACGGCACCCAGACUGGGCACGGGGUGCUCAACACUCGGGUCAGCAGCCGCUCGGAUCGGAAGCAGUCCACUCAUGUUGCCCGAGCCAGCUUCCAGGUUGAUGCAUUUGGGUCAUCAUUCAUUCUAGAUGUAAUGCUAAACCAGUUAUGGAGUGAAGUGAUAUAUAUAUAUAUAUAUAUAUACUGGGGAAGAUUAGAUUUAUUUGGCUUUGUUUUCCACUUAGAAUUCUGGCAAAUGAACACCACAUCACAGAAGUUUGUUGUAAAGCCAAGACACAAAAGGAGUAAAAGGCAGGUUCAUCAGAUUUCACGUAAAGUUGAGGAGGAAACAAAAUACAUUGAGUUAAUGAUUGUGAAUGAUCAUCUAAUGUGUAAAAAACAUAGAUUAUCAGUCGGCCAUACGAACAGCUAUGCUAAAUCAGUGGUGAACGUGGCAGAUUUAAUAUAUAAAGAACAACUUAACACCAGGAUAGUAUUGGUUGCCAUGGAAACCUGGGCUACUGAUAACAAGUUCACCAUAUCUGAAAACCCAUUGGUGACUCUACGUGAGUUUAUGAAAUAUAGGAGAGAUUUUAUCAGAGAGAAAAGUGAUGCAGUUCACCUUUUUUCGGGGAGUCAAUUUCAGAGCAGUCGGAGUGGUGCAGCCUACAUUGGUGGAAUUUGUUCACUAUUGAAAGGUGGAGGUGUGAAUGAAUUUGGAAAGCCAGACUUACUUGCAGUGACAUUGGCACAGUCGUUAGGCCACAAUCUUGGCAUUUUUUCAGAUAAAAGAAAACUACUAACUGGUGAGUGUAAGUGUGAGGACACAUGGUCUGGAUGUAUAAUGGGAGACACUGGUUAUUAUCUUCCAAGCAAGUUCUCCAAGUGUGAUAUUGAGGAGUAUCAUGAAUUUUUGAACAACGGAGGUGGCGCCUGCCUCUUCAAUAAGCCAUCCAAGCUUCUAGAUCCUCCAGAAUGCGGCAAUGGUUUUGUUGAAGAUGGAGAAGAGUGUGACUGUGGUACUACUGCAGAGUGUGCCAUUGAAGGAGGAGAUUGCUGUCAUACAUGCACCCUGACUGCAGGCUCACAGUGCAGCAAUGGGCUUUGCUGUAGAAAGUGUCAGUUUGAAUCAAAAGGAGUUGUGUGUCGAGAUGCGGUAAAUGAUUGUGAUAUUCCAGAAAACUGCACAGGAAACUCCAGCCAGUGUUCUCCCAAUAUUCACAAAAUGGAUGGGUAUUCAUGUGAUAACAAACAGGGUAUUUGUUUCGGAGGAAGAUGUAAAACCAGGGAUCGGCAGUGUAAAUACAUCUGGGGUGAAAAAGUGACAGCUGCUGACAGAUACUGCUAUGAGAAACUGAAUAUUGAAGGGACUGAGAAAGGUAACUGUGGAAGGGGCAAGGACACUUGGAUACAGUGCAACAAACAGGAUGUGCUUUGUGGAUAUCUUCUGUGUUCCAAUAUCUCUAAUGUCCCAAGACUUGGAGAACUUGAUGGUGAAAUCACAUCUUCAGUCAUACAGCUGGGGAAAUCCUACAACUGCAGUGGUGGCCAUGUUAAGCUAGAUGAAGAAACAGACCUGGGCUAUGUUGAGGAUGGAACGCCAUGUGGCCCAGAGAUGAUCUGUUUUGAGCGCAGAUGUCUCCCCACUGAUUCCUUUAACUUCAGCAUCUGUCCAGGCACUACAGAUGACAAAAUUUGUUCAGGACAUGGAGUUUGCAGCAAUGAAAUCAAGUGUGUGUGUGAUCGAUUCUGGGUAGGAGAUGACUGCAACACCGCUUACAAAGAUGCUUCAAUUUUUGAUGAAGAAAUGGCAGGCAAAGGUGUUGUUAGUACAAAUAUAAUAAUAGGGGCUAUUGCUGGCACCAUUUUAGUGUUGGCUCUCGUUUUAGGAAUAACUGGAUGGGGUUACAAAAACUAUCGGAGACAGAGACAAAUACCACAGGGAGAUUAUGUAAAAAAGCCUGGAGAGGCCGACUCUUUUUAUAGCGACAUGCGUCCUGGAGUCAGCACAAAUUCUGCAUCUAGUUCUAAGAAGAGGUCUGCCUUUCUGUCGCAUUUUCAGAUUUCUACCUGUUCCAUCACCCAUUAUUCCAUUAGUCAGAACAUUUCAUUGUUUUGCAGCAGGUCAAAUGGAUUAUCUCAUUCAUGGAGUGAAAGGAUUCCAGACACAAAGCAUAUUUCAGACAUCUGUGAAAAUGGGAGACCUAGAAGUAACUCGUGGCAAGGUAAUAUAGGAGGAAACAGAAAGAAAAUCAGAGGCAAAAAAUAUAGGCCACGGUCUAAUUCAACUGAGUAUUUAAACCCCUGGUUCAAAAGAGAAUAUAAUGUAGCUAAGUGGGUAGAAGAUGUGAAUAAAAACACUGAAGGACCAUACUUUAGGACUCUGUCUCCUGCAAAGUCUCCAUCUUCCUCUACUGGGUCUAUUGCCUCCAGCAGAAAAUACCCAUACCCGAUGCCUCCACUUCCUGAUGAGGAGAAGAAAGCUAAAAGACAAAGUGCCAGGCUAUGGGAGACUUCCAUUUAGUUCUACAGUUUACCUGGGUGACAUCAGAACUGUUACUUCAAAUUUUAUAGAAACUCAGCAUCACUGAGUCAUUGCACAUUCAUCUGCUCUUCAGACAAUUUGAAAGAACAACAGAGAUGCCAGUGAUCACAGAGAGAACCUGCUCUCAUACCCAAGGGGGAAAAAACAACAUGUUUUGCUGUUGAUUAGAAUUCUAUUAAAUCUGUAAAGAAUAACCAAAAAUCACAAAAAUUAACAUGGGAUAAAUAGAUUGAAUAUGAUAAGAUUAUUCUGCAUGAUGACCAAUAUAUGUAGAAAUACAACUAAAACUCAUGUACAAAUCCCGAAUAAAAGAGGUUUUUCUUUGGUUUAUGCAGUCCCAAAUAACAACAAAAUUGAGUUCAGAAUUUUGUAUUCUGAAGCACGUGACCAAUGUAAACAUUAUGCUAUGUGCAUGAACCCUCAGUUCUUUACAAGUAAGGGGAAAACCACGUACUGUAGUAGAAAUUAGCAUGCAGGAGUAAGAAAUGUAGAAUUUUGCUACAGGAUGUUAAGUUUUGAGAGGCAUAAACUUCAAACAAACAAGAACUAUAUCUUUUUUACCUUUCGUGUUUAUAAUCUCCAUAUAUAAAUUGUAUAUAUGUAAACAUUUUAAAAUGUGAAAACAGCUGUAACACACAUGUAUUUUGCCAAAUGCCUAAAGAAACAAUCAUGACUAACAUCAUCACACUUCAAGUGUUCUGAAUAUUAUGAGCAGACAGCUUUGGAAAUACAACAGUUCUAGUGCUGUAAAUGUGUUUCUCAGCAAACUGGUGUUUGACCAAAAUCUCCACAAUCUGGGAAUAUAUUUGUUAUAAUCACCAGAAAAAUCAAAGUUCAAUGAUGCUUUGGCUUAAAUCACCACCCAAGGAACCAGCAAAAAUAAGUUGUCUGAUAGUGGUGAUGUGUAUUUAUCUCUUCUCUCACGCUGGGUAAAUCAGGAGCAACCCCACUGAAAUCAGAGCUGGAGUCUUUAACUAAUAGUGAACAUACAUUUACUGUAAAAAAACUCAGACUAACACGGCUACCCCUCUGAUACUUGAUACAUUUACUGGAAAUUGAGUAAUAAUUUAAUUUAAGGUCAUCAGUUAAGGGGGUGGAAGUGGGGUCUCAGUGGCAGAUUUGGGGGGUGUGUGUGUGUGUGUGUGUGUGAAGCAUUUCAGACCCAAUGCUGGAGCAACCUGGCAGAGUAUACAGGUUAUGAUGGGCAUGAUGCUAUCAUAGUGCUAUACAAAAACUGAAAGCUGGGCAAUUGGCCGAUCUCCCCUACCCGCCUUUUUUUGCUGCUAUUAUUUGUACCAUGUAUUAGCAUACUGAGGGUCCGUCCACCCUGCUGCUGGGAGUAAGUCUCGCAGCGCAGGUAGACAGACUCACACUAGCAAGGCUUGAACUAGUGUCCUAAAAAUAGUUAUGUGGACUUUGCCGCUCCGGCGGAGACUCAGGCUACCCAUUUGAGCUGAAGCCUAGAGGUUGGGUGGUCUUGAGCUCGGUUGGCUCCGGAGUCUUUGCCAAAGCCACAGUGUCCACACAGCUAUUUUUAGAGUGCUAACUUGAGCCCCAGUCUGUCUAUCCUGGCUGGGCAGCUCACUGCCACCUGCAGUGUAGACACACCCCACGUGCAGCAGCAGAGGUCUCCUUUGCAGGUAGCAAGGGCCUUGAGCUGAAUACAAGUGGAUCCAGACCAAUGAAAUUGAGGAUGCAAAAACGAACUUGUUACAAAGGAGACAUGGCAAGAUGGCAUUAACCUGAUUGCUGGUCAACUGUAUGCUGUGUGCUAAAGAAUGUAGAGUAGAUAUAGUUACAACACCCGAAGGAUUCAAAAGGAUGCUGUAAAAUCCCUGGGUAUUUUCAACUGUAAAUGUUCUUUAAAUAAUAAAAAUGGCAAUUAUAAAUCAGUUAAAACACCUCUCCUGUCAGAACCUCUCCAGAAGUGACAAACAUCCAACCUCUGGUAAUUCCAUUGCAGAACAAAAGAUCUCUUCUAAUAAGAAAUAUUAGAAUACAUGGCCCACAGUAAUAUAAUCAAUUAGUUGCUGACAGGAACAUAAUGUGUGCUUCUGAAUCUUCUACCUCUUUCACGUAAUUCCUUUAGUAAGUGAACCUACCACUUACAGCCUUUUAGUGUAACAGAGUUCAGUUUAUCAAAUUUCUCUCUGAUUAAAGCAAGUCAAAUUUAGAGGAGUCCGGUGACACCUUAAAGACUAACAGAUUUAUUUGGGCAUAAGCUUUCAUGGAUAAAAAACCCACGAAAAAACCACUUGAAGUGUGUUUUUUAACCAGGAAAGCUUAUGCCCAAAUAAAACUGUUAGUCUUUAAGGUGCCACCGGACUCCUCACUGUUUUUGUGGAUACAGACUAACAUGGCUACCCCUCUGAUACUUAGUCAAAUUUAGGUUAGUUUUAAAUUAAGACAUUUUUAAAGAUGUCAGCAACUGUUAAGUAUGUAAGAGUUUAGAAGUAUUAUAUUUUAUUUAUAAGACAGUGUGUAGGUUUACAUCUACACAACACUGGCCUACCAGAGGAACUUAUCCUCUUCAUGGUAAGAGAUUUUGGUAAGCGUUGUGAAUUAUGACAAAUAUGAAUGAGAACAGAGAGCGUGGGUACAUUUGAAAAGCAUUGGCAUCUACAAUGGCUUUGGGCAAAGAUUUUGCACUUUAAUGCAGAUUAUAGAUUUGUCGGUACAGAAGUAUGUAAUUGAUUAGUUUUGGAACUGACCUGAAGAAGUGCUCUCUGUAGCUCAAAAGCUUGUCUCUCUCACCAACAGAAGUUAGUCUAGUAAAAGAUAUUACCGCACCCACCUUGUCUCUCUAAUUUUGCAAAGGUUUAGUUUGAACAUAGGCCAAAGACAACAGGACAGAGAACUGUUAACAAUGUACAUCUUAUGGAAGAAGAGUCUGAUCCAUAGCCCACUGAAGUCAGUGGGAGUCCUGUUGCCGUCAAGGGGCUUUGAAUCAGGCCCUUAAAUUUCUCCCAAAUAAGGAAAUUCUUAUGUAAAAAUGUCCAACUCAUUGUUCCACCACAAGGAAGAUAACUUCUCCACGCAUUAAUUUUUUGACCCUAGUAACUGAAAUGUUUAUCAUGUGCCUUUUCUGAUAUUUAGUUUGAAUACAAACUAGUGUGUAAUUUUGAAUAAUCUUGUUUAUAUUUUUCUAUAUAUUCAUUCAUUCAUUCCUCCCUUUCCAUUUUCCCAUUAAGACACAGCAAGAUUUGGCGGCCGAAACUGAAUGUAACAUAGUGGCAGAUUAUAAAACAUUCAUAGUAUCUUGUUUUGAAAAUGAAUAGGUCUCCUAACUGUAUUAUCUAUGUUGUAUUCUGUACUUGUGGCCUUUUUCUCUUUCUGGUGUCACUCAUUCGUAGGAUUUGAUAAUACCGCGAUUUGUGUGUAGGGUAAUUUAAUGGACAUGAUUAACAUAUGCAGUGAUUGGUAAUCUAGAUGUAAGCACUAAAUUUAAAUUAAAUAAAUAUUGGCUUUCUCUUUGGUAUUCUAGAGAGUGAAAACACCUGGCACUUAAUGUAAAUUUCACCUUUUUUCAAAUGCAUUCUGGAGGAAAAUGCUGCACUAAGUUAGUGACCUAAACAGUGAAUUAAGUAAUUGCACAAAAACUGGAACUUGUAGGGUGUAUGAACCUCAAAAGCCAAUGAAGACUGACCAGGUUAAACCCAGAACAGUUGUUUGGUUUUUAUAUUACAUAAUUUGCCACUAGUUUAGUUUAAUGCCUCUGAAAGGAGCUAGCUGGAUAACCCUGGAGAUUGCAGACCUCACUAAUCAUGUAAAUUGCAGCACAGACAGUGGUGGCAUAGGUUGUCAGGCAAAACUUCACCCUGCUCAAGCUGGAGCAACUACAGAGUAGAGAAGAUACACAGUUGUCAUGGCCCAUUCAGUUAAUUGGCUUGUUUGCUGAGUCUUCCAAUAUGGGUGCCAAUUAGUGCCAGCUGUGAUGCACAUACCUGCUGACUAAGAGUGCUGAGAGGUCACUAAGGCCCAGCUCCUCAAAGGGAUUUAGGCUCCUAACUUCCAUUGAAAUCAAAGGAAGUUAGGUGCCUAAAUACCUUGAGGGAUCUGAGCCUAAGUUAUUUCAAACAUACCACAAAUAGGUGUCUGAUAAUAAGGAUUUUUGGUUACUAGUAAAGUGAGCUAUAUUUAAAAGCAAUGAUCUCGGUUUCAUACUGUGGGCUAAGAAUGUUGUGUAUUUAAAAUAAGAUUAAUAUGACCAAAUGUUGAGGAUUGAAAAGCAGGUACUGCAUUCAAAUAGUAACUUUGCACGAUGAUUUUGCUCUUUUGUGUAUUAAAUUCUUCAUGCCACAGCUCUUAGAACUGAAGCUCACCUGCUGAUGCUGGAUUUGCUGAGAAUGAAGCUAUCAGCAAGGAGGUAACAUCAUAAGGAAUCCAUGCUACCGUUUCUGAUGAACAAAUUCACACAAAGUAUCAGAAACGUCUGAUUGCUAAUUUGCACAUAAAUGUAUUAUAUGCAAACAAAUAAGCACAUCUAGUUAAAAAAGAUUCAAUUCUUUAAUUAUACAGUGUGUCUGUGUAUAAAUAUGUUGUGAAUUUAACCUUAAGUCUUAUGAGAUUUUUCUGGACAUGUUUCUUUAAGACAGAUACUUCUAAAUGACUAACAGUUUUCUCCUUGGUGUCUGAGACUUUGAACCUGCUAAGCUGAUGUACAUAGGCCCCAUGUAUACAAUACAAUUUACUGUCUUGGUUAAUCAUAAAAUAAUGGGCCUUUAGAGCAUGGCUACAAUUAAAAAAAGAAAGAACUUUGACAACAGAUAUCAAGCCUUUUCCUUCCCCUCCUAUCUCCACUGGUGUUAAAUUAACUCAUCUGAGCCUAUCUACACCAGUGCAACAACCGUUUUCAACAUCAGAGCCAGAAAUAGCCACAUUUGCUGGUGUAGGACCUUAUACACUACAAUUUCUAACCAAAUAUGUAACCAGUUUGUUGCUUGGUUGGCUGAGUGUAGUUUGUGGACAGACAUUCCUGCAUCUAAAUUGUAAAAACUGCAGGACAUUUUAACCAACACCUCCUUACAGGUUUGGCUCCUCCAGCCGUGUGUGCCAUAGAACGUCCUAGAGUGCAUUGUCUCACGUGCUGCUGAUGCCCCACUGUGUGCAUAGCUUCCAUGCAUUAUCCCCUCUAUUGGGCAAUAUGGGAUUGCUGGCCAGACUCAUGUGUGGCUGCUAGUGUCAGCCUGUGUGGAUAGCACAUAACUUUUAAAAAGUAUUUCUUGGCUCAGGGGAUAGAGUCUGAGCCUCCAGAACAAUUUUCAACAACUAUUUGGGAAAAGUCCACAACUGUAUUGCUUAAACCAGGUAACAGGAACAAGUGCUGGAAACCAUGUCAGGAUAUAGUAAUGCUGUACUGUGUUGGGGUUUUAAAGGUCUGUCUUACACUGGGCAAACUUUAUACCUGGUUUUAAAACCAAUUCAGCUAAGCCAGUCUGGCUUCUUUAGCCCUCUGAAACCAGGUCUAAAUCACAGCUUCCAUCAGUUUUAAAGUCACUUUAGCUGAACCAGCUUUAAACCAGUCGGAAAAUGUUUGCAGUAUAGACAGACCUGAAUUGCCACAGGAUUCAGAGAGAAAUGAGGAUUAGGGGAAAUACAAAGAACUAGACAAUUAAAAAGCACUCUAUGGGGAGGGAGGGCUGAGUGACUCAGGAGUCAGAGUGGGGUAUCAAUUCAGUUGGUAACAUUUUUAAUGCUGGUUUUAAUUACAGGCGUUCAAAACCAAUACACCACUUUAUUUCUGUUUCUCUGCAUUACUAUGACUUAAAAAUGUUUUCUUUUUAAAAACGUACACAAGGCCUUAAGACCUUAUGUAUUCAAGCUUUAGCAUGCCGAAUAUUUUUUUUACAAGCAGGUUAGAAACUCCUGUAAAUUUGCCCGACUGACCUUCAAGUAUAGUGGUGCUAACAGAUAAACAUACGAUACUGUAAGGCUGUAAUACAGUAAGUGCUAAUAUAUCAUAUUGUAAUAGUAGAAGGAUUCCUGCUCACUGCCUUUGCAUUUUAUGCUAGGGAAUAAUCGAGUGUAGGUUCAGACUAUGAGUAUAUGACCUGUUUUUUUCCUUAUGGGUAAAAAAUAUUUCAGUACUUAGUGUUUUAUACAGAAUAUUGUACUUUUCAUUUUUUAUUACGAUCAGUGCAUAGCUGCAAAAUGUUAUUUUUCCAAAAGAGCAAAUUCCGCACUGUAUAAUCUGCAGGAGAAAAUACUAUUUACACUAUGACCACUUUCAGAAAAACUUUUGGCAUUGUACAUAGUAGUUGAGUCUGCCAGCUUUGUUUUGUGUUAGUAUUUUUAUCAUGUGUUGCUAUAAAAAAGAUCUAUUAAUUUCUGAAGCUAUCCUCUGCAAGUAAAACAUUCAGAGUGGACAAGUACUUGGUUUCAUUAUUGGGGACUGGCUAAAGCUGACAAACAAUCAUUUUGCAAAUCAUUGUCUUUGCUACCUGAAACCCUCCUAAUUCUUACACUACAUUACAGAAACAUCAGGUUUUGACAAACACCAACAAGAAAUGCUGCACAUUCUAUCAUUGCAGCUUUGAGUGUGAUAUUUUUGACAAACAUUAUAGGCAUUGGGCCAUUCAAGUGAGUGAAACUGGCUUUCCUAUAGCUAAACAAAAUGUUGCUUUUAUAAAAUAAUCUCAUUGUAAUUUGGGGUUCUAAAUUCUUGCACAGUUUUAUUAACAUCGUAAUAACCACUUCUAUGAGAGUAUUUAAUACAAAUGCCUGUGGUUUUCAAUGUUACUGACAUAUUGUAACAUCAGUAAAGUGACUUUCAA